AUGGAUAAAAUAGAAGCAUUCACCAGGCAUUUUGCAGUGAACACUAAGAAAGUCAUGUCUUUGCUUGUUGCUAGCAUCGACUUUGGGACAACAUAUUCGGGCUGGGCGUUUUCGUUCAGACAUGAAUUCGAAAGUGACCCUACAAAAGUAUCUGCGAAAAACUGGUCAGGCGGACAACUGUUUCACAGAAAAGGACCUACAUGUGUACUGAUUCGUCCGGAUGGGGAAACGCUGGAUGCGUUUGGCUACGAGGCGGAGAACAAGUAUUUUGACCUUUCAAUGGAGGAGAGUCACACGCAGUGGUUCUACUUUCGAAGAUUUAAGAUGAAGUUGUUCAAACAAGAGGGUAUUGGACGUACACUUAUGCUCGAGGACGAAACAGGAAAGAAAGGUCUUCCGGCAAAAACUGUGUUUUCGGGGGCAAUUAAAUAUUUGAAGAACGAUUUGAUAAAAGAAUCCGAGAAAAGAAUAUCAGGAGGUGGACUCACCGAUGCUGACAUAAACUGGGUGCUUACAGUUCCUGCAAUCUGGAAUGAUGCAGCCAAACAGUUCAUGCGAAAGGCAGCUGAAGAAGCAGGAAUUGCAGGCGACAAACUGAUGAUUGCACUUGAGCCUGAAGCAGCAUCAGUGUUUUGUAGACAUUUGCCUGUGGAUACGACCUCUAGCGCAGUCACCACAUCUUUGGCCUCUUUCAAGGCUGGGACCAAGUAUUUAGUUCUUGACGCGGGAGGGGGAACUGUAGACAUAACGGUACACGAGGUCAGUGGAAGUGGUGAGUUAAAGGAACUGUGCAAGGCAAGCGGAGGCCCAUGGGGCGGAACAAAGGUGGACGAUGCAUAUGAACAGUUCUUAGUUGAAAUAACAGGACCUGGUGUAAUGGGCGCUUUCAAGGAAAGCCAUAUGGAAGACUAUAUUGAACUGUUUCGCGACUUUGAAAUCAAGAAGAGAGACAUAUCUACGAAGAAGAGUGGCGGAAAGAUUACUCUUCGCAUGCCGGUAGCAUUGGUUGAAAUCGUCAAGGAGGUCACUGGAAAAACAAUAAAGGAAACCAUUGUGGGGUCAGUGUACGGAGAGCGCAUUAAGCAUCAUGGGGACAAAAUCCGAGUUGACGCUGAUAUAGUCAUUGAGUUGUUUGACGAACCAGUUACUAGCAUUCUCAAUCACGUGUCCACUCUUCUAAAAGAAUCUGCUGUGCGUGGCUGCAACAAGAUUGUCAUGGUUGGUGGAUUUUCGGAAUCGCCAAUAUUGCAGGAACGUGUUAAAGAACGUUUUUCUGGAAUGUCUGUCAUCGUCCCAACUGAAGCAGGGCUUGCUGUAUUAAAAGGCGCAGUGAUAGUCGGACACAGUCCUACUACUAUUGCUGAAAGAGUAUGCAAGCUGACAUACGGUUUUGCUUCAACCCAUCCUCGUGAAGAAACAUGCUCUCAUCCAAAAGGGAGAAUUGAAAGAGACGCUAAUGGCGACCUUAGAUGCCAGGAUAUUUUUGUAAUCCAAGCAAGGGCUGUUGAUAAAGUUCGAUUGUCGGAGGAACGCCCUGAAAUAAAAGCUAGACCUGUUAUUGACUCCCAGACAGGCAUUGGUUUUGAUAUUGUUGCCUGCUCAAAUCCAAGCCCCUAUCAUACUACCGAGAGAGGAUGUUCAAAGAUCGGACAUAUGUCAGUGCCUAUCAAAGAGAGUUCACUUGGCAGUUAA